CACGGUCUCAAGCCCUAGCCCCUCCACUCCUCUCCCCCGCCGCCACCCCGUCCCUGCAUCCUCUCCCACGCCAAGACCGCCGCCGCCGCCGCCGCCGCUCGUCAAGAUGGUGCUCCAGAACGACAUCGACCUCCUCAACCCGCCGGCGGAGCUCGAGAAGCUCAAGCACAAGAAGAAGCGCCUCGUGCAGUCCCCCAACUCGUUCUUCAUGGAUGUCAAGUGCCAGGGCUGCUUCAACAUAACGACUGUGUUCAGCCACUCUCAGACCGUGGUGGUGUGCCCGGGCUGCCAGACGGUGCUCUGCCAACCCACCGGUGGAAAGGCGAGGCUCACCGAGGGAUGCUCCUUCCGCCGGAAGGGUGACUAAGUUGCACGCCUGUUUAUGGGAAAAUGAAGCCCCACUGAACGUUACUUUUGAAGUACUCCUAGUUAUCCCCGAUGUGUACUGGUCAAAUUUUGUUAAUUAUGCUUGCCCGUUUGCCAGCCUGAACGUUGUAGCAACUUGUUCUAUGUCAUGCACUUCCUUGAA